AUGUCAUACGAAAUUCAGUACGACGCAUCUCUGGCCCCGCCCCGCGCCGCCGCCAUCGUCAGCUUCAUGCAAGACUUCUACCGCACCAGCGAUACCGAGUCAUUGCACGAGAAAUAUGUCGAAAGCUUCACCGAUGACGCAACUUUGAUCAUGGGACCCAAGGAGGCAAAGGGUACGGAUGCCAUUCGCCCUCUGCGACACGGUCUCUGGACCCAUGUGGCGUCGCGCAAGCACACUCCUACUCGUAUCUUUUUCGGUGGCGAGAACGAGAUCAUGCUCUAUGGUGGAGUGAACUACCGUCUCAAGGCUGACCCUGAGACUGAUGUUUAUAUUCCCUGGGCUGGACGCGUUGUCUUUGCCCCACAGAAGGGUGAUGAGGGUGUGAAGAUGCAAUUCUACCAGGUCUACUUGGACCCAUCCGCGCAAUCCGGCAAGAAAUGA